UGGACCGAAAGACGUAAAUCGACCGAUGGAAACAGAGAGAGUAAAAGAGAGAGAGAAGAGGGUAGGGGUGUCAGUGCGGCAUGCAGCCUCUGUCUGAAGAUUCGCCCCUGGAUUGGCAACUCAGAUGCAUUAACGGGCAUUAAAGUCCACUGAACGUUCAGAGAGACACACAGCACUGGACAACAAGAGGCAAGAGCCCACAAGGUCAACAGUCUUCCUCCAAAAACCAAGGAACGUGAAUGUGUGUGUGAUUGUUUGUGUUGGGACAAAGCUCUAGUCAAGUUGAAAUAUUGGCAGACUCCUUCUCUGGUGAUGAUGCGUGGUGUGGGACUGUACCUGCUGUUGCUGCUGCUGCCCUUGUGUGCCUGGUGCCAGCCGCGCGGCUUCAGUCGUCAGGGUCCGCAGCUAGAGGACAAGGAGGAAGAACCAGCGGCCGGGGACCUGAUGACUGUCAGCAUCCUCAACCGGAGCGGGAUCCUGGCAUCUCUUCUCUCCUCUGACUUCCAGCACGCAGUCAGGCAAGCCAGGGCUUCUCGGCCGCUCCCACAGCUCAGCAAGAAGGCAGCCCAGGGGUCACGUUUCGCCCUCUCCCUGGAUGUGCCUACCAGCAUCCUGAGUGUCCUGAUAGACCUGGCCAAGAACCAGGAUAUGCGGGCGAAGGCGGCAUCUAACGCAGAGCUGUUGGCACGUAUUGGCAAGAGGAAAUAAAAACCAUUAAUGGUAUAGUUCAACACAGGGUCUGGGACCUAAUUAAUAUAAUGUGUAGAUUAUAUGUAUACUUUGAAUUUGUUUGGGAACAAGACACAUGGGAUUUCAUUUUGUUUUGUUUGGGAACAUUUUUAUGAGAUAUCAGAGGGGUUAGCAGUAGACAUGUCUAUUAUUUUAUUUACCCUUUUCUGUAUUUCAUUUUCUUAUCAACAAAUAUGUAAAUAGUAACAUACAUGAACACUAUAGUCUCUAUAGUCUCUUGAUUGUAACUUGAUUGCAUUAGAUAAUUUAUAUCUGUCAAAUGACAUGAAUUUUAAUGAUGGAAUGUGAGAAUACACCUCUAUGUUUGUAUGUGCACACUGGACUUAUAUAAUAAAAUUCAAUAAUUUAC